CUCGCCUUCCCCGCCAAUUCGCCCAAGUCUUAGAAUAAAGUUCGGGGCCGGCAGACUUCUUUCCUCAGCGCAGGAGCGAAGUGGCCCCGCGGAGGUUUUUCUUCUCGCCGCCGCCGCUCGUUCUUCGCCCCGCAACAUGGCCUCGGCCGAGCUGGCCCAGAAGCUGCAGCGUCGGCUGCUGCGGGACGGCAGCACUUCGGAGGCUCCUCCCGAGGACGGCGACGAGCCCGCGGGGUCCGAGGCGAGCCUGGCGGAGCCGGACGACGACGACGACCAGAACCCCGUGAACGCCUCCGCGGACCCGGAGCUGAGCGCCAAGCUGAGUCGCAGGCAGGACAUCAACGCGGGCGCGGCGCGGCCCCGCUUCGCCCAGAUCUUCAAUCCUUACACGGAGUUCAAGGAGUUCAGCCGCCGGCAGAUCAAGGACAUGGAGCGGCUCUUCCGACUGUAAGCACCGCCCCGUUCCCCCGGCCCUCCUUUCCUCCUUAGCCCGGGUCCCUGUACGGAGUGGAAGGCGCCUGCUUCGGAGUAGAACCGGGCGGCUGCACGUGCGCUUGGAGUUGCACGGAUGCGGCGCGGUUCUCAGCGCCUUUAGUUCAGAGGUGUAAAAAAAUAGAAAAUCCCGUUGAGCUCCUCGGAGUAAGCAGCUCCUCUGCUGAUGGAGAUCGGGAUUGCAUGCAAGCAAUGCAUUGGCAGGGGAAAAAACCCAACCUGCUUAGUUCACUAGGAUUUACUCUCUAGUAAAUGUGUGUGUAUGUAUGUGUGAUGGCAGCCUUAAUGUUGCGGCCUUUAACUAGCAAAACGUUCUGCAACCGAGCCUUCACUGGAAGAAUCCGGUUAAGUACUAUUUCACACGAAUGCUGGUUUGGUAGCCACGGGAAAAGUGCUUUGAAGCUCUUGUGAUCUAUCUGGGGGUAGGUGUGAGUGGUUGGCUAGUGAGAAGCAGCAAUUUUGUCCGGCCCCCCAAACCCCCCGUUCUUAGUGGUUGUAUGAAAUGAAAAGAGAACUAUGAUUUUCUGUAUGUUUACUCCGAAGUAAGACCCAUUCUGUUCAGCGGAGUUUACUCCCAGGUAACUGUGCAUAGGAUUGCAGCCUAAAACCAAGAACUGCUUCUGUAGAAUGGAUGUCAAGCUUGGUUUCUUAACUAGGAGUUCUUUAAUUGCAGCUCUUUUCUGGAGAAGCCUGUGUCUGGGUUUUAGCUUAUUUUGCGCAAAGUAGGUUGAGAAUAGCCUUGCAGAACUACAUCUACCCUGGUCAUUAUGGAAAGUUGAGCUUUUAAGUACCCCCCAGGUUAGUAGCAUUCAGGUGCCUGCACUUCUUUCCUUUGCUACUCUUUCUUCAGUACUGUAUAGUCUUAUGAAUGAGAAAAGGUAAAAAAAGGAUCUCUAUUCUUUUUAUUUUAUUUUUAAAGUUUACACUCACUAAGUUGUAAAACAGGUUGCCGUUUUCAACUUGCAGAACUGGGACCACUGUGUGUGAACUGCACCUCUUGUAUCAGUCAUCUCAAGGUUUGUUUUUCUUCUGUGGUCUAAGCUUUGGAGCAGUUUAUACUUGGUAGCAAUGCUCAAAAGCCACAGUGCAACAACAACAAAAGUUUGACCUUCCCCAUCUCUGCAAAGCCAACUGCAGUUAUAUUUAGCAUGUUCCUUUUAAGUCGUGAAAUAUGACUAUUUGUCACUUGUUCCAGUCUUGCUUAAGCACCCUUUGAAAAGGGACUUUUGGGGCUGCCUUUUCUUAGUAAGUCUAUGCUAGCAUAGCUUCCUUAAGUCAGUGUUGCAAUUACGUGUCCCACUGAACUUAGUGGGACUUACUUCCUAACAUGCGUAGGAUGUGGAAGUGUACUGGGUGACGUGUUCUGAAAGUUGUAGGUUGUAGUUUAAUAUUGUCUCCUAGAAAAACACUAUUCAGGCAGUGUAAUUGGCUAGUAGUUUAAACUGUCUGGGGUGGUAGUGGUGUUUUUGUUUAUUACUAUGCUAAGUAUGUUAGCACUACUUUUAUCUAGUUGAUAAAGGUUUGUUUUAUCCAUAAACCUGUAGUCCUGGAAGAAAAUGUGACCCCAAACAGCUAUUUAUGAUGGUGCUGAAAUAGCCAUUGUAAUGAGGCAGGACAGCGCAUUAUGAGGUGUAUAGCUAUAACAACUCCAUCAGCGUUUAGUGUUGCAACAAAGAUCCCUUGACUUUGACUAUGGUUUUUCCCUAAUUGGUAUUUGUUUUGUUUAAGGAGAGGCUGUUGGUGGAGCUAGGGACCAAGUACAAAGUUGAUCACAUCCUUGAGAUAGAAAUCUGAAGACAUAAAGCACAUCCCAAGCCAAGAGAGUGGAGAUUGUGUAACCAGUGAAACUGAAAAAGAGGCACACUUUCUGUUCCACUCCCCUUGAGACAAAGAACUGAAAUAGAUUGUCCCCAUCAGACGGUUGCAUAAAACCUCAGAAUUAAGGAGAAGCUGCUUGAUACUUCAUUAUUAUUUAAUAACAAAAAUUGUAGCCCACCCUUCAUAAUUUGCUGUAAUUGCUACUAACCCACCCACCUGAGCCUUACAGCACAGAGCAAUUGCAGGGGGUUGGACUAGAUGACCCUCGGGGUGCCUUCCAACUCUGCAAGUCCAUGAUUCUAUCCCAGCACUGAAAGUGCUUCUGAGACCACGCUGCUCUUAAAUAACAUCCAUGUGCCUCUUCUUGUGGUAGGUAGAAAGAAAUAACUGCACGUUUACCAGUACACUGAAGGGCAACUGCAUUGCUCUUAAUGCAAAGCCCAAGGGCAGAAUUAACAGAAAUCUUUAUUACUAGAAGCAAAAAGACAAGCACUGCCUGUGGGCUAGUUAUGAAAGACAGAGGCCAAUCCUGUGUAUUUUACUUCACUUUAAAACAGGUGUAGGGAACUUUUGGGCCACCAGGUGUAACUAAAUUACAACUCCCAUCAGCCCCAGCCAGCGUGGCUAAUGGCCAGGAAUGAUGGGAGCUGUAGUUCAGCAACCUCUGGCAGGCCAGUGGUUCCCCACACCUGCUUUAAACCACAGUAGCAGCUGUGCCUCCAGUCUAAGGAAAGCUGCUAGUGCCAUAAUGGGAGGGAUAUAAAUAAGCUCGGUGUUAACUAAGACCACUCAUCAGUCCAAGGCCUGGUUUUCCACUUCCGUUACAUGUCAACACUGUGAGCCUUAUUAGGAUUUUUAAGGACCUCUGUAACAGUAAUACUUGUACAGAAGAAGAGAGACGUCACCUCCCCAUAAGAACAUUGCAGAGACAAUGAAAAUAGUAUCUAGCUUUCCUAUGCAAUAUUGAAUGCAUAUGAACCCCAUGGGCUAUAGACCUUGCAGGCUAUGCCCCCUUGAUUUUGGCCUCCACCUUCCAGGUAACAACUUGCUGGUAACAACUGUCUUCCCAUUCUGCCAACAUGACUUUCUUGCCUAGAGGUGAGUUCCAGUCCAGCUCCCAUGUAGAGUCAGGACAUCUCCAACCCUCAGUUCUAAGGCACUAUAUUACAAGUGGGCUAUGCGUUUCUUCCAGUAUGCAUAAACAUGUCUUGCUGCAAUUUGAGGCUGUCAAAAGGCCACUAUGCCAGCUCCAGGGGGAUGACAGAACAACAGGUGAGCGAGCAAGCAAGCAGUGUGGAUGGCCCAGGUGAGCUGUAAAACAGAGAUGGGGAAGGCCAAACUGCUCUCUGAAGUGCCUCCCACUCUCUGUUAAACAUGGCUGCAUUGAAGUUUGGCAAACCACUCUCUGAAGCACCCCCAACCGCCUUUAAAAGUGGGGGGGCUUGGUCAGAUGUAAAGAGGGGAGGGGUUGGCCAGGUGUGGAGAAUGGGGGCCCGGCAAAGCAGAGGCAGCAGCCCCUAGUAAAAACAUAGGAACAUAUAAUGUGUUUCGUGUCAACAGAUCCUUGGAGCUUUUGCUCUGUAGAACUAGAGCUGAAGGUGUCUAUCACAUUUGUUUGUUGAUGUGUCUGCUCUAGUUGUGUAUAACAUUGGGAAUGGCAUCUUCAUUUGUAGGUUCAAAGGGUAUGUGUGGUGAAGGUGAGGGAGGCUUAAACCUUUCCCCUUCCUCCAGCUUACCUCCUUAUUAUAUGCCUUUUCCCCAGCCUGGCUCUGAUGCCAGAGCUGAGAGAGAGAGAAGCAAUGGAAGCAACUGAGAAUGGGGAGGAAGGCAGGUGAGGGGCGUGUUUUUGAUAUAAAUAUGAAGAAACUUCUCCCCCACUUCAUAUGUCAACAGGACAAACACAGCAACUACAAGCGUGGCUUCCCACCUUGGGUCUGUCAGAAAGCUCAGGAGCUGGUUGAGUUGGGUUUUGGAGACCUCAAGGACUAUAGCAUGUGGGAAGGAGGCUUCUUUGACGCACACAGGGGAGAUCUGCCAGUGCAGACAACUGCUGAUGCAACUUUCUUUGUUCAGCCCUAAUUAGGUAUAGAUAAGCUUUGUUCACAGUCGCCUUUACCUUCGAAUAAAACCAUUUUUCAAAUUGUAGAAGGCACAGCGGCUAAUUAAACAAAAUCAUCUUGGGGUGGGGAAACGGCGGAUAAUUCCAGGAGGGAAAAGAAUAGUUAUGAGUGUCUUCCAGAUCAAAUAACACCUAGGAAAACAAAGCAAUUAUUAUUCAGCGUGGGGAUUCUACGGAAAAGGGUUUUCCUCAGUUUUGCCAGAAAACCUGACAAAUGCACACAGCAGAAUUUUAGCUUUAGAAAACUUGGCUGGCUUCAGAGUCCAACAUCCAUUUGUUUUUUGUUUAAUGACAUCUAUGUUAUCUUGUUUUUAUAUUCUGCUGGAAGCUGCCCAGAGUAGCUGGGAAAGCCUAGCCAGAUGGGCAGGGUAUAAAUAAUAAAAUUAUUAUUAUUAUUAUACCAACUUGUAUUUAAACACUUAAUAACAGUUUUACAGAACCUCCAUGGUGGUCUACUGAAGCCAGUGACCAACUCUUUAUGCUUUAGUGUAGGAAAAGCGAUUGACAGCAGAAGUAACAAACAAAAUAGUUUAGUCUCAGGUGGUCGUAUCUGGAAAUGCUGUUCCCCACUCCCCAGACUUGUCUUCAACAAUCAGUGAAUAAAUGUGGGAUACUUUGCCCUGAACAUCUUGGUUAAUAGCAUUCAAUGUUCUCAUUCAUUCUUUUUGACCUUUUUUGAACCCAGCUCUAGUGCUGGCUGUUUGCCACAAACUAAAUAAGCUCCAAAGGCCAAUUGUGUGCUGUGAAGAAUAUUUCCUUUUGCUCCCUGCACGUCAACAUAAUAAAGCACAUUCUAGUUCUAACAUUGCUAGUCAUCCAGAAGAGCGAUUUCAGAUCAUAAGAACAUAAAGAAGAACUUCGCUAGAUUAGACGAAAACUCCAUUUAAUCCAGCUUUCUGUUCUCUCACAGUGGCCAGCCAGAUACCUAUGGGAAGUCCAUAGCCUUCUGCUACUCAGGAUUCUUAGCAACGGAUAGUCAGAAAUUAGCUGGGCAGCAGUCACAUUUUGUGACUGGCAACUGGCCUUUUGCGACUGGAUGGAGAUGUCCAGGUACCACCUUUGGUGCCUAGCAUCUUCACCUGCCUGGCCAGGUGAUUGAGGGGGCCUGCAGGGUAGCACAGCAGCAAAAGACACAUCUGGCUUGUCCAUGAAUUUGUUUAAACCCCCUUUAAAGCUGUCCAGGCUGGUGGCUAUCAUGAUGGCAAGUUGGCUUACAUUUGAUGCUAAACCACAGACAUUGUUGACCAUGGUUGAUAAGCCAUAAUUAAAGUUCAGGUGUCUGACAGACAACCACUUCAGCUAUGGUUUGCUACACCACAGAAUAGUUAAAAGCUCAAGAAAAAGCAUCCAAGUUUCAGGGUGGGCUGUUGUUGUUAUUGUUGUUGUUUUCCUCAUUAUAGGCUACUCUGCAGCUUUUAGAGGGUGACGGCUGCUUAACCAUAGCUGAGGACGAAGUCUUUUUUCACGUAUUAUACUAAACGAUGGUUACUAUUAAUGUUGGGUGGGGCCAGAACCAAGUGUCAGUUGUGCACCCUGCUUUCUCUAUCUCUACAGUUAUCCCCCCCCCCACCUGCCAUCCAUUUGGAAUUAGGCCAGGGGGUGCCAUCUCCCUACCUCUGCAAAGGAAGGAUGACAUCUUGAAGCAUUGACAACUUAAUAUUCAUUGCUAAAAAAACAACACAUUCAUCUGUAAAGAAUGGCUACGAUACUUUUCUGAAUCUGUUUCUUGUUUUUGUUUAAAGUAAUAAUGAUCUGAAAAAGUAACAAGUGAUGGAUAUGCAGGAGUGAAUCAAUGUUGAAUCUUAAUACUACUAGGAAAAUAACGCAAUGGCUUUGUAAUUAUUCUUCUCCAGGUGCUUGCAUGGGGAAGAUAUAUGUUACAUUUUGCGUGUUUUCUCGACAGAAGCAUCAGCAUGCAAAACAACUUCCAAAUAUCAGAAUCUGGGAACCUGAACCUCCAGAAUCCCAGAGAAGUUCAAAUCUAUUGGCUUGUAUAUGUGGGCAUCACUAAUCUAUAAUUGUUAGUGGAAGUCAUUCAGCCUGAAUGAUCUGAUUUCUUUCAAGCUUCUCGCCAAAGAAAAUUACUCUCUUCUGAUGAUUUAAAAUGUUCAUCCUCUUUGACUGGCAAGAAAUUAAAGGAGUAAGGAGAAAUCACUGCCCCUAUCAGAGCAAUGCGGGUGUAUCCUGUCCAAGACCAUAUUUAAAAAAAACAGCCACCCUGCCUUUCUGGCUCUGGCAUGAUGUGUAAAUAUUGCAGCAAAACUUGACUGAUCUGUGUUGUGUUUACACAAUUUUACUGCACUCAGUAAGCAGACCUGUUCCCUGCUGUCUAGCAUGUACAAAUAUACCCUCUUGGGGUGGGGGUGGUGACGUGUAGACUGUGAAAUGGGAGUCGUCGUGUCUCCCCCCCCCCCCAAUUUUGUUAGUGCAUAUACUUGAAGGGAUACCUAGUCUUUUGAUUUUAUCUUUGGCUGUGAUCCAGCUGUGCUGUGGCUUGCUUCCCUGUCUGCCAGACCACUGCCUUUGUGCCUUUUCAGCCAGCUGCUCUGGGUAGUAUAAAGUUCUUUACUGCUGUGUUAAUCUGGCAAGAAAGAUUGCGGGGGGGGGGGGAGUCCCCAACCGAAAAGGGAAGUGCCUCUUUUUAAAACCUCAUCCAUCAUUCUUCUCUGCCAGAGAUACCAAUGGACUGCCAUGUGCAAUAGUCAGAAGGGAUAGGUUUGUACAGUGAUGGUUCCGCUGCAGAGAUAUUUUAAUUAUGAGAGCCUCUGAAAAUAAUCUCUGUACACUGUUGGUGUGAUUUGCACAUUCCUUCAGUCAAAUUAUUGCAGGAUAGUGUGUGGGGGAGAGAGAGAGGGAACACACUGUAUGAAAGAGUGGAGCAGGGCUUGCUGUUGCUGUUGCUGCUACCACCACUACUACUAACUUUUCUGUUUUGAUUAAACACUCCUCUUUAAUUAUAUAGGGAAUGUGCCAGAUCUGCACACCCAAAGCCUGACUCUUUUCAGCACUAGUACAUGCCAGGAAGGGAGCAGUGGUAUGACAUUGCAAUCAGUCAUCCUCCUGUGUCAGCCUGUUGGAGAAAGGGAAGUUGUAGUUGAUCCUCCAAGCACUUCCAGAUGUUUUGCAAGCACUGAAAAAUAGUCAAAAGUCCUCGCUGUGAAAGGAGUUACAGUCUAGAUGCUAGAAUUCAUGGGCAAUUUUUGCUAGUUUAGAAUGCCGGCUCGGCUGGGAUUGGGAAUGGUAUCUUAAUCUACUUUUUCCACUGCAGACAGCGUUUCUUUAGAUCCACAGCAGGGCAACAACUUCAUUAGGACCAACCAAAACAUCGUAAAAUAGUGAGAAAACUUUCAAGCUCUCCAGAACUCCACCUCAGGCUUGAACAGCCUUCCUUAUCCUGCUGCCCUCUAGAUAGGUUGUACUUGGAAAAACAACUGGAGGGCACUAGGUUGGCAAGACAAAGCUAGAUAUUCUUCAAAAUACCUACCUUGAUGAAGCUUUCUGGAGAGCCUGAAAACUUGCUCACUUUUUUUGAUGUUUUGGUUGGUCCUAAUGAAGAUACUGCCUGACUAUUUAUACACCCACAUCCACCUGAAACAAACACAAAUGUAUGUAUAUAAAUGGACCAGCCCAGGUAUCCAAAUCCUUUGUAAUUUUUUAAGUGUUACUCUUUCUUUCUUGUUAUUCUAAUUAGACACCCUUAAUUUGGAAUACAUCUGAUAGUUGGUUUUGCCAUCCCCUAGGUAUGCCUCCGGUUGUUAAUGGACUCUCUAGUGUAAAAUUUGUAUACUUCUGGUGAAUACUAUAUUGCUGCUCUUGAAGCUUGACAUAGUUUAAGUUCAUGUAUUAUUUACAGGUAUCUGUUCCGUGUAUUAAGGGUGAUUAUUUAAAUGAGAUUUGCUAAGCUCUUGAGUCUUCAAUUUAGAGCAGUUCCCCUUCCGUUCCUGUGUUGUUUUCCCAUGUUGCAUUCUAGAUUAAAAACUCUUUGGACUUGGGCUCUUGUAUUCUGUAAAGCACAUUCCAUGCUGAUGGAACUGCAAUAAAAUCAUAAUAAGAAUUGGUCCUUAAUGAAUAGUUAAUACAGUAAAUAAGAUAAUUUAUAAAAUAAAAAUGCCACUGAUUUUUUUUUCAUGUUUGGAAACAAAAAAUGUCUAGCCUCGAAAACAGAGAGUAGAGAAAGGUAUUUCUAAAUUUUCUAGAUUGACAACAUUGAGCGCAUGAAAUGAAAUCCGAGUUGCUGAUGUUGGAACAUUACAAGAGAGCACACUUUAGCCAACCUUAAUUGUUGGUUAAAAUUAGUAGCUGUUGCUUAGACCAGCAGCCUUCUCAUUUCUUAUAUCAACAGUAAGAACCAACAGGAAUUUCUAAACCAUAUGUCUAUUUCUAGAACAAAUGUCUGCUGAUAUGUAGGAGGCAUAUGCUGGGGAAUUCUUUUGGAGGGUGGGUAGGAGGAGUGAGGCUGGGAAGCCUGGUGUAUUUCACUUCGUUCUUGACAAGUGCUGUAGUAAUUUCUCCUUCUUUCCACAUUUUUGCACCACCUUUCUGAGAAGCUCAAGGCAGCAGACCUCCCCAACCCCCUCAUUUUACUGUCACAAGGCUGGGCUGGUUUGCCCAAGCUCACCCAGUAUGCAUACACAGUCAUAGAAUUGACAUGACCAAAAGGGCCAUGUGGUCCAACCCGCUGCAAUACAAGAAUAUUUUGCCCAACGUGGGGCUCAAAUCCACAAGUCUGAGAUUAAGAGUCUCAUGCUUUACCAACUGAGCUAUCCCUGAUCAAGUGGGAUACGAUCUCCCACCUCUAUGGUCUAUGCUUUGAGGUUCUAUUACAAUCAAACGUUGUACAAAUGUGAAAUGAAAUUAAUGAAUAUGCCUGAUUCUAUAUUCACUAUUUCAUGCAGGCUGUAUUUGGCUUUUAUCACAUAAAGCUCACUUAAAAAAAAAAAGCUGUUAAGAACUGCAUCCACGUAGCAUCUACUUUGCCUGGCAAUCUGUUUUUGCAUACUGGCUUGAAUUGCGAAGCAGUUGGCUGCACACUAACUGUGUAGAGCAGUUACUAGUAAAGGUAAAGGGACCCCUGACCAUUAGGUCCAGUCGUGGCUGACUCUGGGGUUGCAGCGCUCAUCUCGCUUUAUUGGCCGAGGGCGCCGGCGUACAGCUUCCGGGUCAUGUGGCCAGCAUGACUAAGCCACUUCUGACGAACCAGAGCAGCACACGGAAACGCCGUUUACCUUCCCGCAGGAGCGGUACCUAUUUAUCUACUUGCACUUUGACGUGCUUUUGAACUGCUAGGUUGGCAGGAGCAGGGACCGAGCAACAGGAGCUCACCCCGUUGCUGGGAUUCGAACCGCCGACCUUCUGAUCGGCAAGCCCUAGGCUCUGUGGUUUAACCCACAGUGCCACCCGCGUCCCAGAGCAGUUACUACCCAGGUACAAUCUCAAGUGGUCUCUGCUUCGCAGCUCUCUUAUGUGGAGCAGGUUACUCUUUGAGAUUCUGGUGUUUCCAGUCUGUGUUGUAAUUAGCUGGCUGUUUCAGGAUGAGAAGUCUUCCAAAACUAUUAUGGUCCUGUUCCUCACAGUUUUGGAGAAGCUCUUCAGAGUAUUGCAGCUCACCUUCAAACCGUUUUCUGCUCAGGGCAAGCUGCUAGUUACAGUAAGUUCUGAAGAUUGAGCUUGUGAGUCUGCCUUCAGGUCUUGCAUUGCUGAUACCUGCAACAACGCUUCAUUAGCUCAGUUUCGUUUAUGAGGUGGUCAGUGUGGCAAGAGGCAGGAAUACCUCUAAUUGCUCCUGUCAUGCUAGGGUUAGGCCAUUCGACUCUCAAAGUAAUAUGUGGUAAGUACUGCAGUCAAAUACUCCGAAGCCAAUAAUAUCCUUGUAUAGGUGGCAGCCUAUAUUUUUCACUGUCAUUUUAGGACUGUGCAGACGUUCCCUCUGGUUCUCUGAACUCCUAGAGUGGGAUCAUGUUCCAGACUUCAGUGUAGCUUGAAAUGGGCUGUUGCACACACAACUUAAGUGCAUUUGCGUCUUCACAUGCUAAGGAACUCUGGUGCCAUUGGGGAUCCUGAUCAAAUGGAAGCGGAUCCUAUGUGUGUACAGUUCUAUAUACAUACAGCCCCUUUCACACUUCUGCUGAGUCCACAUGGAGGACCGAGACAACAGGUGCAUCAAUGGAGGCAGAGACAGCAAAUGUUCCAUUUCUUCCUCCACCUGUUCAGUGCCUGCGUAGUCCUAGUGCCAUCUGAUAGCAGUUGCAAAUACAUGGACAUCCAUCCAUCCCCAUAGUCUCAACUUUUUUGUCCUUUGCAUUACAAUCAUAAUCACAUUUUUUUUUAAAAAAAAAAUGACUUGUCUUUUAUAGUUGCUGUGUUAAUGUCAUUUUUUUUUAAAAAAAAAGUACAACUGUUUGGGCUAUCACUGAAAAUCCAAGAUAAUAGCAACUUCCUUUGAGUAUUGCUUUAUCUCUUUAUAAGGGAGGGAAGAAAACACUUGAUGAAACUAAGUCCUUUGAUACUGUAUCACAGCUGUUUACAACUAGAUUCUUCUUUUUUUUUGAGGGGGGAUAAAAAUAAAAUUAUUUCUUUGCCCUGUUCCCCUUAUCUUGAUUUCCUUGUGUCUUGGGAUUUGGUUGCUUAAAUGAAGGGGAAUUCGUUAGUUUUAGGGCUUCACAAAAUUUGGUUAUGUGUCCUUUUUUGUUACAUCUGAAACAAGCAACUCUCUUGGAUGGAGCCUUGGCCUCCAUCUUUAGAGUGGGACAUACAGUUUGAGCCGUUGUGUUCAUCAGUCCCCGUUGGAGGGCUUCUCACACACUCCUUACAAACAUAUUCAAAAAGGACAUGUGGCUUCUAACUGCGUUUUCUCUAUCACUGGGAGCUUGUUGAACUGGGUCAAGCCCUCUUUUUUCACAUAAUGUUAACACAUUGAUUGCUAUCUCUGCAACAAUGUUGUAGCUUGGUCUGCAUGAAUCUUUUGGUGUGGCGCCUUACAUUAUUAGCACUGAAGAAAUUACAUUUUGCUUUUCAAAUUUCAUUUCAUCCAUCAAAUUAUACAGAUAAGCAUCAUGCAUUCCUUACAAUGUUAUACUGAUGCCAGCAGUUUUUGCUCCCCUAAUUCUGGCUCUUUUUUUCCUACGAGAAGAAAUUUAGGCUGCAAUCCUGUGCCCACUUAAUCUGGGAGUAAGUCCCAUUUAACUCAGAAUGUGCUUUUAAGGAGAGAUAUUUAGGAUUGCACUGUCAGUCACAUCCCUCAAGAGAGGCUGGCUUUGGAAAUGCUGGCACUUAGAAUCCUAAAUAUUUCUUAACAACUACCGUAAUUUCACGUAAAUUGAGAUUAGAAUUGGCUUGAUGCUUUGUGGGCAAAGAUGGCAUUAGCAAAGGAAAGGUGCUCAGGGCAGUAUGACUUACUAGAGGCCUUGUACCCAAUGUUGUUCAGGAAUUCUAAGAAAAGUCCAUUUUCGAAAAGUCCAGUCUGCCAUCUUGAUUCAAAAUGAUGUUCAGUUGUAUCCAAACUUAUGUGGAAACUCUGCUCCUUGAUCUUGGGAACCAUCUUGCAAAUUUUGGUUAUGAUAUCUUAAGAGGUGUUCAAUACAUAGGAGACAGACAAAACAACUUUCCAAAACAUGUAGAUUUCAUCCAUGGUACUGAUUGAAACAUAGGAGGCUUAACUGAAGCUCUAGGGGAAGCUCUGCCCUCUUUAUAUGACUGAAAUUAUACAUGCAGCUUCCUGUAAAAGGGUGUUGCAAAUUAGUUUAUUAUAACUUCUACCCCCCUUGCCCUUCAAACAAUUUCACAGGCAGCUUACAAAAUAAAAAAAUAUAUAAAAAAAAUCAGAAGCUAUAAUUUAAACAAACAUACUAAAAGCAUAUUAUAAAAAAGAAGCAUAGUAUUGCCAGCAGAGAUUGAAUGCAUUGCAUUAGAUUAAAAGGCCUGGAAGAAUUUUAGUAAGAUGUUGCUCGAUGCUGAAAUGACAAUGUAGGUGGCAGGCAAGCCUUGCUGGGGAGAACCUUCUUUUAACAGGCAGCACCACAGAAAUGGUCCUUUCCCAUUAGCUAGCUGUUGCAUGUUGGGUGGGGUGGCAGGGAUACCCAGAUAAGGGCCUCAGAUAUCAAAGUCUUAGUAUCUAGGCAGGCAUAUUUGAAGAAGGGCAUGCUAGCCCCCAAACCAGCAUUUUGAAUUGAGGCCUGAAAUGGACAGUUGAUGCAGCACUGGUGUGGUAGGAUCAUCAUAAUGCCUGGUACCGUGUCACUCUGGAAUGGCCGAGCGUGGGGCCUUAAAACAACUUCUCCCUUUGUGGGGAAUGCUGCAGGCCAGCAAUGUGAUGCAACCUUCACUCCCUGCAGGAAUUUGUGCUGAGCUCUUUCUGCUCUGGAAAAACAAGUUUGUCUUUCUUGCUCCACACCCACAGAACGAGAUUCUCUCUCCCCCCCCACCCCCCCAUUUAAAUGUCUCAGUGCUGCCUCUCAGGACUCAGUGGAGGAGGAGGAGGAGGAGAAACAUUAUCUCCCUCUAAUUCCUUUUGUAUUGUGCUGAGCUGUUUCAUCUGCUUCCUAGGUCCUGCUGAAUUGAGAACAGAUUGAGUAUUCCAUAGCCACUCUGCUUUUUGAGGCGGCACAACUUUGGGAAGCUGUGCUUUGAAGGCUGUCUCUGGCACGGCGCACUAAACUCCUAUUGUACGGCCGGGAUAGUGCAUUGCUUUGCCAUUGCUGGCAAGACCCAGUUUCUCACAAUCCCUGCUUUGUACUGCCUGUGUGCUGGAAUGACAGAUACGUGAGACUUGCUCCGGUGGCUGUGAAUCCUGAGUACACUCGGUUAACCCCUGUGGAGCUAUUGCUCCUCCUGCAAAGUUGCCUUCCUCCUUGUGCAGCAGCGUCCGAGCCCCUCUUUUUCAAAAGGGGCAGCUCUCAGAACAUUGCUUUGAGCUAGAGGAAUGGCUGUAGCUCAGUGGCAGAGUAUUUACUCUGUUUGCAUGCAGAAGGUCCAAGGUUCAGUCCCCAGGCAUCUCUGGGUAGUGCUGGGAGAGACUCCCAUCUGAAAUCCUGGAAAGUGACAACCAGUCGGUGUAGAGCAGGUAUGGGGAGCCCUUGGCCCUCCAGAUGUUUUUGGACCACAACUCACAUCAUCCCUAGCUAACAGGACCAAUGGUCAGGGAUGAUGGGAAUUGUAGUCCCAAAACAGCUAGAGGGCCACCACUGCUAGGCUAUCCUUUUGCUGGGGCUGAUGGGAGUUCUAGUUCAGCAACAUCUGGAGGGCCAAAGGUUCCUCACUUCUGGCAUAGAGACAAUAAUGAGCCAGAUGGACCCAGUGUUCUGGUUUCAUAUAAGGCAGCUUCCAAGGUUCCAGAAUACCUUUAGUAAGCCUAUGUUUGUGGAAAUACCUUUUUAUCCUGGGCUGUGACUCCCCGUGAUGUAUUUCUUUUUAGUACGCUAUCUGUUCUCUCUUGACGUCGGAGCGUAGCAGUGCCCACCAUCUUUGCUGGAAUUGUGGCUGUAAUUUGUUUUAACUGAUUUCAAUACUGUAUUUUUAAAUCAUUGUAAACCUCCCUGAGACCUCAUGGCAAAGUGCAGGUAAGAAACAAACAAAGUAGGUGGAAGUGCUUGAGUCCUCCUUAGAUUAUAAUAAUCCACUUGACUGCUAUAGCCUUGCCUUGAACAUGGGCAGUAGAACGUUCUUCCUUGGAAGGUGGUGGACUUUCUUUCCUUGGAGGUUUUUAAGCAGAUGUUGGAUGGCCACCUGUCAUGUAUGAUCUAGCUGAGAUUCCUGCAUUGUAGGGGAUUGGACUAGAUGGCCCUUGGAGACCCUUCCAACUCUAUGAUUCUGUGAGCACUGCCUUGCUUCAAUUCCCCUAUCCCCAUAGGUGGAGUGUCAUGCUAAGGAAAAGGGACUUAAAGUUUUCUUUCUGCUCCAAGUACCUAUCACUGUUUGUUGGGUUUCUGGUUAUAAUGACCUCGGUUUACAGCAGCCUUGUAAAUAAGCUGUCAGAAUUUAUCAACCUGUUUUUACUAGUCCGCUGAUGACUGGCAGAGGAGAGCCCAUAAGUUCUGUCCCUUCUGAAGGAGCCCAGGGCAGAGGAGGAGUCGGAGUCCUGUAGCAGCCCCUUUGGUUUCUAUACUGGGCAGGGGGGAGUGUCUGUUCCCAGCCCCUACACACUCUCUCUCUCUCUCUCUCUCUCUCUCUCACACACACACACACACACACACACACACUUUGGCCCUCUUAAUUGCUCCUUGCUCCCUUUUUUAUUCCUUCUAUAUUAGUCUUUCCUAUCUGCAAAACUGGGUUUCUGCCCUUGUGGAUUCAUUUCUUUUUCUUUUUUUAAAAAAGGCAGCAACCGGAUAUUGGCGAGAGUGGCAAAGAGUUAGGAGGAUAACACAGAACAGAGAAGCUUCAGUAAUUAUUCAGCUCCCCAUCCCCCCCAUCCCCCAUGAUAAGGAACCAUCCAUAUAUAUAUUUAUAUAUAUGAACUGCUCCUUUGUUGUCCUUGGAACUGUGCUAUCCAAUUUUAGAUUCCAGUCCUAUUUUCACUGCCAUUGAGUUCAGCUGUUUGUGUGUGUGUGUGUGUGUGUGUGUGUGUGUGUGUGUUUGAACAUGCUAUUGAGCACAUGUUUUGCAAUCAGAAGCCAGACACUUGCCGUUAAAAGGCGCUUCAUAUCUUUGGAAUAAUGUAAUAGGCUGAUAAAAGGAAAAUGCAUUUCAACAUCAAUGUUGUUAAUAUUUUAGUUGAAGGGAUCUCAGCCACUCCUUUCAGAAAUGAGUGCCCACUUCUUAGGUAUCUUUUCAAAAGAAUAGGUUCUAAAGCCAAGACAUAUUUACUAUGUGGAUAUCUGACUUACUUUUGUCUCAAGUCGUCUGUGGUCCAUGAUUGCACACUUGACUGCCUACAUAGAAGUUACACUAGAAAUUAGUAAACAUCAAGUAUGAGCACAUUUGGAUAGUACUGAAUAGGUGUCUCAUCCAUUUGAAACAUCGUUCCACAACUUGCCCCUUCCAGAUGUUUUGGACUACAUCUCUGAUCUCUGGUGUUUUAAUCUAAAACAUCUGGGGGUGCGAAGCAGGUUGGGGAAAGACGGUACAGUCAAACCUUGGUUGUCGAACGUAAUCCGUUUCGGAAGCCUGUUCGGCUUCUGAAACGUUCAACAACCGAGGCGCAGCUUCCAAUUGAUUGCAGGAGCUUCCUGCACUCAAGCGGAAGCCACGUCGGACAUUCAUCUUCCAAAAAACGUUCAAACCGGAGCAUUUACUUCCUGGUUUUUGAUGUCCGGGAGCUGAAGCAUUCCAAAACAGAGCCGUUUGAGAACCAAGGUUUGACUGUAUUUUUAAAUGGGCAGUGGUAUAAAUUUCUGUGCCAGAUAAUUUUCUGGACAUCCUAAACCUACAUUUCUCUGUAGAAUGCUCUGUUGUGACAGACUUGAGAGCUCUGGAAGUAGCUUAUUUCAAGUCUGGCCCUGCCAUGUGGCAGUGCGAAGUGAUCACCUUCCGGCUGCACCAUGGAGUGGGUAAACAGAUGAAGGCAGGAAUUUGUGCCUGAAUGGUGCCAGUGAGACUUUUAAAAGCAUUCUUGGGGAUCUGUACCAGGCACCAAAAUGUCUUGAGACAGCACUGACUAGCUGGAACUACAUUAUGUACAAGGGAGCAUUGAGCACUCCUUAAACUGAAGGCCUUUGAGCCUACAAAGCUAUGUCUCUCUGACAUCUCUCAUGUCUCUCAUUUUCCCCUUCCUUUUUAAGGUAUGACUCUGGAAAGGAUGGUUACAUUGACCUUAUGGAACUGAAGCUGAUGAUGGAGAAGCUUGGGGCACCUCAGACUCAUCUGGGCCUGAAGAACAUGAUCAAGGAAGUGGAUGAAGACUUUGAUGGCAAACUCAGCUUCCGUGAGGUAAAUGUCAGCAGAAAAUAAAAUGUAAUGCAAAACCAAAUGGGGAAUAAAAAUGUGGAACUUCUGCUAUCACAACGAAUGUGUCCCUUCACCAACUCACUUCCUCCUUCAAGCCUAUGCUGUUUGGAGCAGCUGUGCUUUAACCUCCGUGGAAAACUCCAGCUUGUUGAACACCAGAUAGCAAUUUCCCAGGCUCGGGUGUUGUGGCAUGAUGCUAGAUAUGGAGACAUCCUCUGCAUCCUGUAAGGCACAAGCUAUGUGGAUUGAAAGUCUGAGGCUUGAAGGCCAGAAGAACUUUUAACCUAGACUUUCCAUGUUGCAGGUAGAAGAGUUAAGAAAUAAUCAUCUCAUUUUUCUUAUAUGAAAACUUCUGCCUUUAUUUUUCCUCAUCAAGAGAAAGCUGAACUAAUUCUGAACAAUUUUAUUUUCUUGUGACACUACACUCAGCUGUUCAUGUCACGGUUUGCAAACGUCACCUGCUUGUAGCAACUUCAGGGGUUCAGGGCCACAUUGUAAUAAAUUAUUCCCCUCGUAGCAGUAGGUAUAGAAGGGGGCAUUCUCAAGUGUGCACUAAGACACUACCACAUGGGUAUUGUCUAGCUCCACUUGCUUGAAGAGGCAGAACAGCCAGAAAAUGUAAUUCAGGCAUCCCCAAACUUGCCCUCCAGCUGUUUGGGGACUACAGUUCCCAUCAUCCCUGACUACUAGUCCUGUUAGCUAAGGAUGAUGGGAGUUGUAGUCCCAAAACAGCUGGAGGGCCAAGGUUGGGGUUGCCUGAUGUAAUCCUUUCUGAGUGUGAGUGCCUCCAACUUUGGUCCAUCCAAUGACAAUGGGUAGACCACUGCCAUUUUUUUAAUACUGUGAGUAGAUCACAGUCUAUUGGGAGUUGGACAUCCCUGCUGUAGGGAGUAGAGUUCCAAUGGUACCAUCUUUGGACAUGUCAUUCACUUAAUCAGCAAGGACAUUGUUUCUCAUUAGUGUAUGAUUUGGCAGGAUAGGUUUUCAAAAUGUUUCAUUGGAGUACCUUUUUCUCUUGGAAAGGGAUAACCUAGCCACUGUUAGCCAUGCUUUAGUAACUUUCAGGCUGUAAUAUAUGUGGGUACACCAUUGAAAAGGGUUCAGAAACUUCAUCUGGUGUAGAAUAUGGCACCCAAGCUGGUACAUAGUACCCAAGAAAGGUUCAUUGGCUUCCAUUUUGUUUCUGAGCACAACUCUCUAGGUUCCCUUACCUUCAUAGGUUAGGUAGACGGCUACUGGAGAGAAGGCCUGUUCUAUGGUUGCAUGUCAAUUGUGAAGCUGUCUUCCAAGAAAGAUCCGCUUGGUGCCUUUGUUACUUUUCGGGUGCAAGGCAAAGUCUGUCUACUUUUGCUUUUGGUGGAUAAAUUGGUUGUAUGUGGGUGUGGGUGUGUGUGUGUGUGUGAGAGAGAGAGAGAGAGAGAGAGAGGGAAUACUGUUGACUAUAAUUCCUGCUUAUUAUUGUUGUUUAUAUAUGAUGUCAUUCUGUAAUGACAUUUUAAUCUUGACUACUGCUCUAAUGGGACGCGGGUGGUGAUGUGGUCUAAACCACUGAGCCUCUUGGGCUUGCUGAUCAGAAGGUCGGCGGUUAAAAUCCCUGUGACGGGGUGAGCUCCUGUUGCUUGGUCCCAGCUCCUGCCAACCUAGCAGUUCGAAAGCACGUCAAAGUUCAAGUAGAUAAAUAGGUACCGCACCGGCGGAAAGGUAAAUGGCGUUUCCAUGUGCUGCUCUGGUUUGCCAGAAGCGGUUUAGACAUGCUGGCCCCAUGACCCGGAAGCUGUCUGCGGACAAAUGCCAGCUCCCUCGGCUUAUAGAGCAAGAUGAGCACGCAACUCCAGAGUUGUCCAGACUGGACCUAACAGUCAGGGGUACCUUUACCUUUUUACUGUUCUAAUGUUUUUAUUAUGCUUAUAUUUUAUUUUAUGUUAUAUUGUUUGCCAAGUAUGGCCCAAAAGGCACCAUUUAGAGAAGUGCUACCUGAUGGCCCAGUUGCUCCUCUAGCAGGUGUGGCAGUGGUGACAGAUUUUUCAAGCAGGUCACUUGGGCUGUGGGGCAUUGGCCCUUCCCCCCCCCACAUGCCUCAAAAUAUGCCCAAAGCGUCCAGCAAACCACCCCCUGAUUAGGUCAUUAUGCUAAAUUAAUUCUCUCUUAAUGGAACCCAGACACCUGCUUUGCUGCUGCUGCUCUAAUUUAAUGUGUGAGGAUUCAUUCUUUGUCCUUGAAGUAUUAUCUUGACUUACUGAAGGACAAGUAGGGCAGAACAGCUUUCUCCAACUCUGCCUCUCCUGUUACCUACCUGUGACAAUGAGUAAAUGAUCGGAAAUAAGUUGAGAAAGGUGUCAUAACCAUUCUCCUUUUAUUUCUUUUUGUCAGAUUACAAACUAUGCAGAUUACAAAAGUGAUCAAGGGGCCUGUUUUGUCUUCAUGAAGGCCACUUUCACUCAACAGCUAGUUUUAUGAUUGGGAUGGCUGUCUGAUUUUGUUUGGGUUCAGGAUUGGCGAGGGAAAUGCAGUCUAAGGAUGUGUCAUUCUUCAAGUGUGUGUGUGUGCGCGCGCGCCUGUAUGCAUGAAUAUGCAUACACACAGUGGUAGCUGGGGCCCAUGGUGACUGGUAGGGCAGAAAGCUGGGAGCCUAAACCAUAGAUUGAGCUAAAGGCAUGCGUAGGGGCUGGCGAAACCAGUCCCUGCUGGGGUGCAAAAUGGUUGUGUGUUGAGAGAAGAGCUGGGAGCUGAGCAGUAGGAGAUAUGGCAAGGCAGUAUGAAGGCAGAUUGCUGGGGACUAUGGAGUGUAUAACAUAUAUGUGAUGCUUUUUACAGUGGGAAAGAAAUGGAAGAGCAAUAACUUUUUUUUGACACGAAAUAAGUUUGAAACUUUUUAUUUCUCAUCAUGAUGGCACCACGAGAGCUAAAAGAGCAGGAGGAGGGGAUAGUGCAAAGUUACUUGCUUUGCAAGAGAGCAUUUCGCUUGCCCACCAUGGUCUUGCAGAUCAGCACAAAAAAGAUGAUUCAUUACACAUGCAACAUUCAAGGAAAUUAGAACUGCUUUCUCUGCAUUUUAAAAAUAAGAUUAAGGAAGUAGAUGAAAAGAGUGAUUUGUGCAGAUCUAUUGCAACUGAGGAACAAGCCUAUAAAAGGCUGCAAAAUUGCUCUCUGGGGGAAUAUGUUAUUCUGUUUAGGCUGAAGCCAACUAGAAGUUUCAACCUAGAAAUAAGCAACUUGUCCCUGUUUACUUCCUAUUACUUUGCCUGUGUGGCUCUUGCUGUUGGCCACCAGCAGCAGUUGAGCAUCGCAUUUAUUUCCAUAUUGAUUCUGGCUGCACCUUGUGCCCUCUGCUACAGGAAAAGGAAUUCCCCAGGGAGGUUCAUUUCAUACCUCUGAAACUUGUGCAGCUGUUUGCUUUUGUAAUGGUUAGUUAUUCCACCGUACCUUUCCCAAGAGGUGUUUUAAUAAAGUUAAUUUUGUACUUAUCAACCCAUCAAUAUAUCACCAAUUGCUUCCACACCAUUCUAGCCCAGAUCCCAAGGUGAAGAAAGUUGCUGCAUUUAAGCAAUAUGCCUGCAACUUUUCUGUAUCAGUGUCUGCUGUUAGUAACAUAGGGCCAAUAUUUAUAUAUGAUACAUGUGGACCCGCCCUUUUCCUACUUAUAAAAAUUUGUGUUGUGUGGAAAUAGACUCAGCCCCAUCAUCCACACAGUGGUCUAAAGCAUCCUUUAAAUCACUACUCUGAGGCUUAGCUACUAUGCUGGAUGUAUGGGUUUCUUUACUUACUUUCUGAAGAGCACGCAGUAGGCAUACGACUUUGCAAAACCUGAACACACCCACGCCUUGUGGAUGAUGUCCCCAAAAGUUUGUGUAGCAAUGUGAAGAAUCUCUCCAGAAGGCAUUCGGACAAUGUGAACGUGCUCAAAUCAUUUGCCAUUUACACAGAAUGGCAAAUGCCUUCUACCCCUGCGCAUAGAUGAUCUGGACUUGGCAACUUGCACCUAUGACUUGUUCCCAGCUGUUUAGUGAGUCAUUCCCACAUGCCUUUUCUGGCUGUGUCAGCUGGUACAACAGCAUAUUUCCCUCCUUUCUCAGCCAAAUGGAGGAACCUGCCCAAUGCAGAAGACUCUGGAGUAUUUGCUCACUCUGCUACAAGCUGGUCAUGCCAACGUGUUUACAGGGACCAACCUGACAUUCCUUGGACUAGAGUGGGUCUUGGAUCUCAGAACAUUUGCUGGUAAUAGACCUUUGGGUGCUUCUUCUGUGAAGGGGUGUUGUUGGAACAAGGGGAAGUAAUAUCUAGUAUAAUAGUGAUCCAAGCAAGCGUCAGAAAAUCUGAAAGCCAGGGGGAUCUCCAUUGGCCACAUUGCAACUGCAGCUUCAGUUUGUUUGGAACAGACUGUUCUGCAUGUGAUGUGCUUACUUGUGUUUGAGGAAAGGGUGAAUGGGAUGCUCUCCCAGUUAGCUGGACCUGUUAUUUAAAUAAAUCUUAAAUCUGUUUGUGUAUAGCUUCUAGCUCACAAAGGUCACCAAAAUGGACAGGCCGGAAAACCAGCUGCUUAUACCAGGCUUCUUUCAAUAUGGUAGCUGUUUCUUUAUCACUUUGAUAGGUCACCACUGAAACUGAGAGGAUUCAUGGCUCAGUGGUGGUGAAUGUAAUUGACAUGUCAGAGUAUUAUUAUUAUUAUUAUUAUCAUUAUCAUUAUCAUUAUUAUUAUUAUUAUUAUUAUUAUUAUUUUAAUCGAUGUUAUUUAUUUGUAUGCCACCCUUCAUCCGUAGAUCUCAGGGCGGCUCACAGCAUAAAAAUACAAGAUUAAAAAACAAACAAAAUACAUAAUAAAAACAAGAACAAGAACAGACCAGUAACACCCCUCCCCCAACCGCACAUUUAAAAGAAUAUAGGAUGUUAAUCAACCCAAAAUAUGGCUAAAGAGGAAUGGUUUCAGGGUCAGGGUAGGUUCAUAUGAAGAGAGGCGGUCCUUGAGGUACUGAGGUCCUGAGCCAUUUAAGGCUUUAAUAGGUCAAAAAGAAUUGAAUUGGGCCCGCAGACUAAUCUGCAACCAGUGCUGUCCAGCCAGGAACAGUGUAAUAUGUUCAAACCGUCUUGCCCCAUUGAGCAACCUUGCUGCCGAAUUCUGCACCAGCUGCAGUUUCCAGAGCCUCUUCAUGUAACACGCUUCAGUCAUCUAACCUAAGAGGUUAUCAAAGCAUAGACAACAGAAGUUGGAGUGCACCUUGCUCUAACAAAGGAACCUUUGAGAGCUCGCUUCCAGCUCUCACCUGUUUCUCUGCAGCCACAUUGGGACUUGCCCAGCACCUGACAUCACAUAUGACAAUAAGGUGUGGGGCAGGUGGGCAUGGUUUCACAGGUCAAGUGGGGAAGUUUAUAUAUUCCUGAGCCAGCCUCAACAGAAAGUAGUGAUUCUGUAGAUUCCAGAAAAUCCAUAAUAAUUACCGCUGUCAUCUCAGGCCAGGUAGGUGGCACUGUGAUCAAAUCCUUAUUUGGACCUAGUUGCCCACCACCAGGUACAAGCCCUCCAACCUGGCAAUGGACUGGACAAAAAGUCUAGCCAAGUGGUAUAGAAUUAUUACAGAUCACCACCACCCUUUUCUGUUGGUCCUGCACCAAGAUCUCAGGUGGGCACAGCAGGUUAAAAACCAGCUUCUUCCAGUUUAUACACCCAGGACUCAGAGAUUCAGGGUUGGCACCUUCCUCGGUCUCUGUUGAAUGGAUCUCUGCUAGAGACUGGUGAGCUGCUGCCAGGCAAAGUAGAUGGUAUUGUAGAUGGACUAAUGUAUCACUAUAAAAGGCAGCUUUGUAACUGCGUACAUAUUUUUUUCCAGCUGCAGAAAAGCUUUUAGCCACUUGCCAAGUAUCGGAAGCAAAAUUAUGCUACUCUCAGAGGGGAAUCUAGUGGGAGGGGUGUUAGCCCAGUCGUAGAGCCCUUCCCUCUAUCCUUUCCCAGUUUUCAGCCUCUGGAGUGAGUCAUGGCAGUGUCAUGGUGGUGUCACUCUUGAGGGAUGUGUUGAGGCUGGGAAUGUGAUUCAGUAUAAGGACCUGUCAAGCACACUGCGGCAGCAAAACUUACCAAACAUUUGGCUGGACACACCCAUCCUAUAUUUGCUGCUAGAAAAGAGCCCAGCAGUUUCGUAAUGCUCCCCCUCCCAUCCCUGAGGGACUUUGGGAAUUUUUCAACUUUGUUUUUUUUAAACGCUGAAUUAGUAAGCAGCUGGGAGCUUGCAGGGGGGGCAUGCGGGGGAAGCUUGGGAACAAAGGGUUCUGCCAGAUGCCUAAUUUCCUGAUGAAAGAAGCUGGAUGCAGUUUCUGGUAUCUUGCAUGCUGCCCUGUAGUGAGAGAAUGUGAGCUUUUCAGAGGAUGGAAAUCCACUCUGAUCACACACAUACAAAAUUUGAAAGCUGAAUUACUGUAGUACUGGCAUUCCCUGUUUGGAUUUUUAUGCUAUUUAGGACCUUAGAUGAGUCCUUUGACUACAGAAGAAGAGUUGGAGUAUUGCAGUAUUGGUGCUAUUUAGUUUGGAGCCACUAGGCCAGUUUGCACACAGCAGUAAGCUGUGGUGUGUUGGGACUGAGCAGUAUGCUAGGCCACCUUGCCUGCUCACUCUGGCUCUGGUCCUUCCCCUAGGUCUGAGUAGGGGCAAGAAGCCAUGAAAUCUUGGCUUGCUAUUAGGUUCAAAUUGGGAUUGCUCCUCCCUUUCAUGCUGAUAAAGUGAUCACCCUUUUUUAGAUGGAAACCAACCACCAUCCCAUGUUUGAAUAUAAUGAUAAGCCAAGGCUUCAUGACUUGUUGCUUGUGCCAGAGGAGGAAUGAAGCUGGAGUGAUUAGAAGUGCUAGGGCACGGUGCACUAGCAUCUCAAGAAGUCAGUGAUCUGGUGAAGUAACUGGGUUUAGCAUCAGCCUGAAGAAAUGAGCAGGCCAGAUAGAUAAGGUGCUAUUGAGUGCUAUGUCACAAAUUCACCCUUUUAAAUGUAACUUGGGGUGGAUGGGGGGCAGGGGGAGACAUGGAGAAUGAAGAAGGUGCAAGGUAUUAGGAAGAGAGGCAGCAUGAGUCAUCUCUCCCUCUCAGACCAGUCACACACAAGCUUGUGCCUCCAUAUACUCCCAGCUUUCCCAGCUCAGUCUAGUUUCUUCAAGUGUCAUAGGGCUGUUUGACAAGUGAAAGGGCCUGAGUCAAAGCACACACGCGCAUGCACACACACACUGACUGUACUGAGUGGGGAGCAUUGCUGUUGUCAUCAUGUGCUCAUGAACUUCACAUAGGCAUUGCUUUGGCCACGGGGAGGACAGAAUGCUGGACUUUGUGGACCUUUGGUCUGAUCUAGCAGGGCUGUUGUUACAUUUUCCAGGACCAAACAAGUAAGUGGGCACAGAGCAGUGGCAGUGGAGCUAUCUUCCUUUUGGUUUCUUCUUUGGACUCAAAUUAUUCAUAUAUAGAUGAUCUACAUAAGUAGUAAAAUGGUCAUUGAUAUAAAAUAAGUUAUACUGAGGACAAAACAGAAGAGAUUUGGGAAAUCCAUUAUUAGAUCUCCUAAUAUUUAAGUGUUUACCUAAACCAUGAAAGGCUCCAGGUUUUAUUAGAAAAAUGGAGUGUGUGGCAGGGUGGAGAUGACAUGCCAUUUCUCCAGUUUUGGUCUCCUGCCCCACCGACUUUGCACUGGCACGGGUGAGGAAGAGACUUCAGAUCAGGGAAAUGGAUUUAUCUUCCCCCAGUUCAGUUGCUCUGAUCAAAUUCAUCCCUUAUAGCUCUUUUUACGUUACAAUUAAAUGUUGGCACAUUCAUGAGUCUCACAUAUUUUUGUCUUAAAUAAGUUCACCACUUUAUUACUGAUUUUCCUGCCUAAGCUAUUACAGCUCCCAGUCAUGAAAGCUUAGGCUUAAGUGCUCAUCCUGUUACUUUUUUCUAAAUUACCAUUUUUUAUCUUGUAUAGUUUCUACUCAUUUUCCACAAAGCUGCAGCUGGGGAGCUUGAAGAAGACAGUGGCCUGCUGGCUUUGGCAAAACUUUCCGAAAUAGAUGUCGCUCUUGAGGGAGUGAAAGGCGCCAAGAACUUCUUUGAAGCAAAGGUAGGAAAAACAUAUCUUAGAAUCAGGUGAUGGAGGGGUUCAUAAGUCUUAGGCUGUAAUCUUAAUCACCCUAGGAAGUAUGCCCCAUUGAACACAGGGAGUUUUACUUCUGAGUAACCAUGUGUCGGAUUCUGCUGUAUGUCAACUCAAUGAUACCACCUAGAGCACAAGUUAACGAUUCACACUGGGAAAGUGGUGCACCUGGAAAUUUCCCUGCUUUAAUGUAAACCAGAGUGCUGUUUUAAAAGCUGAAAGUACAAUUGUUUCAGAUUGGGUGAAAGUGCAAGUGGAACCGAGACUGGAUGAAUCAGAUCUAAUGAAUGCUUGUUCCGUUUCCUGUGUCUCACUAUGAAAUCAAAAGCCACAUAGUUUUCUUUUUUAAAAAACAUCACCACCACCAAGUCAAUCUUGUUGGCUACUUUUGAGGUAUUGUAACACCUCCCCCAAAUCUUUGUAUGGUGGAAAAAGUACCCCAGUACUUUCUAUGUGUUUUGGACUACAGUUCUCAUAAGCCCAGUGCUGGCUGGGGCUGAUGGCAGCUGUAGUCCAAAGCACGUGGAAAGCAGGUGCAAUCAGGUUGGUGAAGGCUGUGCUGUGAAUAUACAACAUGAUCUGCCCCUCUCUGCAGAUAAUUCCAAUUGCAUGGUAAAGUCUCAUGGGCCAAGACCAAGGGAAGAUGAUAAGUGUCAUCUAUUAAGUUCAGUACUGAUAACUCUUCUAUAGUAGUACCCCUGGUGCUUGGUCACAAUAUAUUUUUCUCCCUAAAUUAAAUUACCCUCUCAUUUUAAAGUAAAUCAAGGUGAGCACAACCAGUCAGGGCAUUUAACCAUAUUCUGAACUAAAAUAGUGUUUGGUUGACACCAAGAUAGCUGACUCUGGUCACCUGGAUGUAAACAGAACCAUUGGGUGUGCAACCUGUGGUAUUAGUUACAUCGUACAGGCUAGAGAAAUAGCUGUGCUUAACAGCCUGAGGACUCAGAUGGUUUGCAGCAUAUAGUUUUUCAUACGUGUCUCUUCUGAACUUGUUACUAGUCUGGGAGAUGCAAGCAUUAAUAGGAUGUGUGGAUGAGUCCAUUGUGGGUUUUGGUUAAAACACCAUCCUUUCUCCCAGAUCAAGUUCAGGGGAAAUUAAGUGUCUGUCAGUACUGGAAGCUGACUGUGUACAACUCUGGCUAGAACUGGUGAUCUCACAGCACCUGUAGGGCAGCUAAGAGCUAGCUGUCUUAGAUAAGUGAAAUAAGUUGCCAAUGAUGGAAAUAUAGGGGUAGGAAUCCUUUUGACCCUGCAAGCCAGAUGUUUAUAUAUCUCCCCUGCCCCUUGCAGACUAACUUUGGCAAGUUAGCCAACAGAAUUAAAUUUCUGCCCCAUCAGCUGUCACCCCAUGGCACCCACUGGUUGACAGGUGGGUGUGGUUUGGGGAAAUGGUCUCAUGGGCCAAAUUGGACCCACUGUUAGGCCAAAAUUGUCCCACAAGCCAGAGGUCCCCUACCCCAGAUGUAAUACAAACCCAUCUCUCAAUCUUUCCUUUGUGUUACAAUUUUAUUCCUCUAUUUCUAGGUUCAAGCUUUGUCCUCAGCCAGUAAGUUUGAAGCAGAGAUAAAAGCAGAGCAAGAUGAGCGAAAACGUGAGGAAGAGGAGAGACGUCACCGCAGAGCAGCCUUCCGAGAACUCAAGUCUGCAUUCAGUCAAUAACUGAGGCAACCUAUCGGCCACCUGAGGGACUUUGUACAAUCUUACAAGUUUUGCCUUUGACAAGGCGAAGGACCAGGAGAGGGAACAAAACUGAUUUGAAGCCUUUUCUUUUUCUGAGCCUCCUACCUAGAUGGUGGGGGGGGGGGUGCCAUACACGCAAUGGCAUUCAGAAGGAUGCAAAACCAGGAGUGGUUCAAGCAACCCCCUUUAUUUCUGUAAUAGGCAUUGCUUAGAAGAAUCAAAAUGUCCUAAUGCUUUAGCCUGAGGCAGAUGAUUGAAGCACCUGAUAAUAGUGCUUACCAUUUGCAUCUUAGUCAGAAAACACGCCUUGUGUCCUUCUGAAUGUCUCUGUGUCAUAGCUCUGUAAUUUCCCUCAGGCUUCCUUUCUGUAUACCUUUUGACUCCUCCUGAAUUUUACAAAACCAUUUCUUGCUUCUAAACAAGCUGACCCUUCUUCUAGGUGCAGAUCACGAUCCUUUCAUGUGCAAAUAAAUGCCCCAAUUCCUGAUGUAUCAUUCUUUUCCGUCUUUGUGCUCACUAUUGGGGGUGGAGGGAAAAGACGACAGCUUUCUGGUACAACAGCUCCCCAGUAAUGAAGGGAAACCCAGUUAGUAAAUAUUGGCUGAGAUCCAAAGAGCUUCUUGGGUGAAUAGCAGGCACAUCUUCCACUCAAUCCUCAAAUUCUUGUGCAAGCCAAUGCCACCCCACUCCUCCAAUGCAGCCCCCACAUUGCAUAUCCUCCAUCAUCCCUUGACCCCUGCAAGCAGGUUUUCAAGGGGACACAAGGUACCAUGACUUGAAAGAGGUGGCAGGAAAACCUUGUUGUGUGGGCAGAACUCUACUCAUGCUUUUCUGGGUCCAAGCCAUUUUUUAACUCAUAAAGAUUCUGUUCAGGGAUACAGCAGUCACCAUUCAAUUUUACCCUUUCCAUGUAUACAAACGACUGUACUUUUUGAGCAACAAAUAGAACUGCUAAGUUCUGGCCACAUUCCAUUGCAUUCUCUGUGUAGGUCCAUAGCUGUUUUCCACUUUCUCCUUUUUAUUUUUUAAAGCCAUUGGAUUUUAAGAAGCAAGGAAACAUCAAUCAAUAAGAUGUUCAGUGAAGUGGAUUAGUACAGUUUUGGGGACACAGUGGCUUCCUACCCCAUGGAAUUUUUAAUCUUCUUGCAAACAUUGGUGCAAAUGAAAGAGCUUCUGUAGAGUUAACACUUACAUAAAACAGCCAGUUCUGCUUGCAAGAGAAAAUAGAUUCCAAAAGCAGAAAGCAGCAUGUUACUCUGCUCAGAAAGCUUGUACUAUAUUCAGAACUUAUACUUGUGUGUGUAUAUACGUAUAUGUCUUCAUGUAUAGAAAAGGAAAACAUCCUCUUCCUUGCCAAGCUUGUCAUCUGAUCAUAAACUGGAUCUCUCAUCCUCAACUUUAUUUUCACUGUCUUUUAGCUUUUUACACUGUGACACUAAACUGUGAGUGUGGAAUAACAAAGGGAGCCCAUCUGAUAUUUAAUAAUGGGUGGGGAAAUCGCUAAACAAUUUUUUAAAACUGUAUUUGCAAGACCACAGAUUAUAUUUGAUAAAAAUCACAUGUUUUAGCUAAAAUAUUUAUAAUAAAUGUUUUUAUACAUGCAAAAGUUUGAUUUUUCUUCCCCUGUUGCUUAGUUAUGCAAAUAAAACUUUUCUAACUUGCUGGAGGCUAACUUGAAAUCCUUUUAUUCUGUCUCAUCCUUCAUGGGAGAAGGAGGGGGCGGAGUUCUGUGGUGCAAGCUAAAAUCAUUGCACUAAUGCAAUGAGUGAUUUAGUACUAUUUUAGAUACAAAC